AUGUUUCCUCGAGAAAAUCAGUCGAAUUCCAAUAAACACGUCACACAAGAAUCAAUAGUCAAUCAGAUAAAAGAACUUUACAGAGCAAAACAAAGAAACACGCCAUCCAAUCAAAAUAAUCUACAGAAAAACAUCCUCAUCAUCGGUCGGCAACACAUCGGAAAAACGACUUUAAAAAAUGUUCUACAAGAUCCUUGUUACAUACCAAAUAACUCCUCAUUAUUUUCGGGAGCACCUUCAACGAUUCUUUAUCCACCAUUUUCAUUGCGCGAUUCAAAUCUUUCAUUAACUAUUAUCGAAACAUCUGAACCUUUCAAUGGAUCAAUGAGACAAAAAGACACAUCGAUCAACAAUGUGCAUAACUUUUGCAUUGAAAACAACAUCCGAAAAGUUCAUCUGAUAUGUUUUUGUACAUCGUUCGAAGCGGGAGUCAAUGACGCAGAUAUUGAUAUUUUACAUAAACUAGUCAAUUAUUUCGGCGAACCGAUUUGUUCGAAUUUAUGUUUGGUCAUUACUCGAUGUGAAUUGAAAGGUGAACGAGAACGUCAACGUCUAUUAGAUGAAAUUGAAAACGAUGUCAAUUUUCGAACAGUUGUACCAUAUUUUCGUCAAGGAAUUUAUUUUUCUGGUUCAAUAAGCCACGAUGGAGUGAAUCGAAAAGAUUUGGAAUUGGUUACUGAGCAAUUUGAAACUGUUUAUGAUUACCGACGAAAUCUUAUUCAAUUGCUUCGGAAUAUUAAAAAACCAUUUAACAUUGAUCAAAGACAACGAUCGCAACCAGACGAAAGACGCGCAAUUCUACCCGGUACUUCUAGGUCGCACGAUGGCGUUCGUCAACAUCGAAAAUGCUUUUCAAUUUCAAAGAUUGCCGCUCUAUCAAUUGUAUUAUUAUCAAUAUAUCUCUUCAUUCCAUGGCUGACUACACAACCAGAACAACCACAGCGAUUUGAACUGGACAAAGAUUGGGUAGAUCAUUUCACUAAGGGAUCUCGAGCUGUGAAUCAUCUGAAUCGUGUGAUAAUAUUUUCCUCUAAAGACCAUCUACAAUUGGAUUCCAAUGACGAAUUACAUUCUUUUCUAUUGCAACAAUCAGUUGAAAUGAAAAAUCUUCUAAAUAAAUUCAACCAAAUCAAUGAUCUCAUCUUGGAAAAUUCUUCAAACUGGUUGUCUUCUUUUCACAGUAUUCAAAGUGAAGCUGAUGAUCCGGAAACAUUGGAUUUCUUUUGGAAAAACAUCACAGAUAUCAAAGAAACAUUCGAACGAUUUGUCAAUGAAUUUCCUCUGAAGCAAAGUUCACAAUUCGAUGAAUUUAUUCGUAUUUUGACCAUAACAUCUUCAAAUAAGCAAAAGAUUUACGAUGAAACAUGGAUUCAAAUUCCUUCAGAUGAACAAAUCGACGAAAAAACGGAAGAAAUCAAAUCCAAAUCCGAACUUGAAAAACGCGCUGACGAACAUUACAACAAAAUGUUACUUUCAUACAAAAAUCGUCGAGGAACAAAAGAAGAUGUCGAAAAAGCAUUAGCAGCUGUGAAAAAGGCUCGUGAAGAACACAUUUACGCACAGACAUGUCUUCAAUCAACAGUUGACCAAAAUCAAACCAUCCAAUUCGAACAAAUCAAACGCGAAUAUGAUUUGGAGUUCUUAACAAACAUUACCGACGAAGUAAAGACAUUAUCCGAACAUUGGUCACACUUUCAGCAGUCCUUCGCGAUACUUUCACAACAUGUUCAAUUCACAAAACAAAUUCUCAAUGACAAACUAUUGACUUCCGGAGAUGAGCGAAUGAGUUUGAUGGGAACGCGAUCGUUGAUUGUAAAGGAAUGUCAUCGACAAAUGAGAUUAAUUCAUCAGUUAUGUCAAGCACUGCAUAUUUCGCUGAAAUCUAUGAUCGACCAAUUGAAUAACAAUGAGAAAUAUUUUCAUUGCGACAAUGAACAACAACGACAUGAUUAUUUACAGGAGUUAAAUCAGCCAAAUGAAGAACUUCCUUCGAUAUUAAAAUCUCUGACAGAAUUCACUCAGGUAGAAGAAAAACAAGAUAUUGACGGAUGA